ACUACAACAAUUAUUUCUCGGCUCACACACAAGUUAGAAAAAUGAUAAAGCUAUGGAAGCUAUACAAAUUUUAAUACUUUUGUUUCUUUACAGGUUCACGGCAGUGGAAUGCAUUGGCAGGGCUGAAAAUAUAGCCCUAAAUGAGCACAAUCGGCUGAGGAAAUUACACGGAGUUGCUCCCCUUAAAUUAAAGCCCGACCUUUGUGAUGCAUCUGCCGCUUAUGCUAAGAUAUUGGCGGAAAAACAAGAAUUGGUACAUUCAAAGAGCGACGGCAUGUACGGAGAAAACUUAUGCUAUCGCAGUUCCGAACCUGAGAGAUGUGUUCAAAUUUGGUAUGAUGAAAGCAUUUACUAUGACUAUUCUAGGCCAAGAUUUUCAUUCAAAACCGGGCACUUUACGCAACUCAUAUGGGCCAGAACACAUGAAUUGGGUUGGGGGCAGUACAGGGAUCCCAAUGGGGUCUACUACGUAGUAGCGAGGUACACCCCACCCGGGAAUAUGAUAGGAGAGUUUGCACAAAAUGUUCCCAGGCCUAAAUCGGAUCGAAGAAAUGCAUGUGGCAAGGUUGGAGUCCCAAUUAAUGCCAUGAUUAUUUCGAUUUGUUUCGGACUACUCAAAUUAGCUAUGGAAGCUGUAAAAAUUAAAAUGGUACUCUUCCUGUAUUGGUUUGCGGCUGUGAAUGCCUUUCCGGAUGAGGAAGCGCUCAUUGAGCACAAUCGGCUGAGGAAUUUACACGGUGUUCCUCCCCUCAGAUUGUCCAGGCAGCUAUGUUGGAAAGCCACCGCAUACGCUCAGGUACGUUCCAUCGAUAUUAGAAUUAUUUUGGAUAACCGCAUUAAUAACCGGAAUGGCAAAGCACAGGAGUUGGCGAAACAAAAGUAUUUAUAUCUUUCAGAUACCCAGGGAAAAUACGGCGAAAACUUGUGCUUCCGCCUCGAUGACCCUGAGAAAUGCAUUCAAUAUUGGUAUGACGAAAUUAAGGAGUACGACUUUAGUAAUCCAGGACCUAAAUUGAACGCCGCACAGUUUACACAAGUGAUUUGGGCCUCGUCAACGGAAUUGGGCUGGGGGCAACACCAGGCCGACAACGGGUUCUACUAUGUCGUGGCCCGGUAUACCCCAAGAGGAAACACUCACUCCUUUGAAAAAAACGUCCCCAGGCCUCUGUCGCCAUAUAACCUCACUGGAAUGUCUGGAUCUGGCAGGAUUGGUGAUUCGAUUAAGACAGUGAUUAUUUCCAUUUGUUUGGGACUGCUUAUAUUAUUAUACUAAAGCAAAGGACCGAUUUUCCAAUGACAGAUUAAUUUUGUCAUUGAGGUAAAUUUUUUGAAAUGUCAAUGUCAUGUUUGUUUUUAUCUGACUGACAUACUUGAGCCAGUCAGAGAAACUCAAAUAUCACAUUGAAGGACAACAUUUCUGCAAAAAAGCUAUUUACCUUAAUAACAAAAGUUAACCUGACAUAU